AUGCAGCGACCGCUAUACUCUAUUUCUGCGGGAGAGUUAGGGUUAGACGCCGAAAGCCUGGACAAUCGACUUGAAACUGUGUUCGAGCUUGCACAGCAAUGGGAUUUGAUCCUACUACUCGACGAAGCGGACGUGUUCCUCGAGCAACGGGGCACUGACAACCUGACCCGGCACCAGCUCGUGUCAGUUUUUCUGCGCAGGCUGGAAUACUUCCGCGGAAUACUCAUCCCCACAACAAAUCGAGUGGAGAACUUUGAUAUUGCAGUCUUGAGCCGGAUCCAGUGGAAGAUGCAGUACAGCGAAAUUGACCCAGAGUCUCGAAUGCAGCAUUGGGACAAUAACUUAAAAAGGGCAAACACGCAUUGUGGUGGCGUGUUGAACAUUACAAAGCAAGAGUUAAAUGGACUGGCCAGAAAGCCUUUCAACGGGCGGGAGAUUAAGAACACAGUCUUCACCGCUUCCGUGUUGGCACGAGAGAGUCAUACUCCAUUCUCCUAUGCACAUCUGCAGAAGGUUAUAGACGCCACCGAGGUUUUCCAGCGAACUUUUUUGAAGACUGAACGCUCAGAGCACAUGUACAACUGA